AUCUUCUCUCUCGAACAUUUUCACUUGCACAUUGCUAUUGGCUGUUCAUCUGUUUGAUUGAUUUCUGCUGCUCAAUUCUCACAGAUUGUUCAGUCAAGAUGGGAGCGUUUACGGUUACCCGCGUCCAGACUUCUCCAAUCGAUGGCCAGAAGCCUGGGACUUCUGGUCUCAGGAAGAAGGUGAAAGUAUUCGUGCAACCCCAUUACUUGCAAAAUUUUGUCCAGUCUACUUUUAAUGCCCUGGGAGCUGAUAAGAUGAAAGGUGCAACACUUGUUGUCUCUGGUGAUGGCCGCUACUAUUCGAAGGAUGCUAUCCAGAUCAUCAUCAAAAUGGCUGCUGCAAAUGGAGUAAGGCGUAUAUGGGUUGGUCAGAACGGGUUACUAUCUACUCCUGCUGUUUCUGCUGUUGUACGGGAAAGAGUAGGCGCUGAUGGCUCCAAGGCAAAUGGGGCAUUUAUACUUACAGCAAGCCACAACCCAGGGGGGCCAAAUGAGGACUUUGGAAUCAAAUACAACAUGGAAAAUGGUGGACCUGCUCCAGAAGGAGUCACUGAUAAGAUCUAUUCAAACACCACCACAAUUAAGGAAUACUUGAUUGCUGAAGGCCUACCUGAUGUGGAUAUCUCCAAAAUUGGAUUAAGUAACUUUACUGGUCCUGACGGGCAGUUUGAUGUUGAUGUUUUUGAUUCAGCAAGUGACUAUGUCAAAUUGAUGAAGUCUAUUUUUGAUUUCCAGAGUAUCAAGAAGCUACUGUCAUCUCCAAAAUUCACUUUCUGCUAUGAUGCACUUCAUGGCGUUGCUGGAGCUUACGCUAAACGCAUAUUUGUGGAAGAGCUAGGUGCAAACGAAAGCUCUUUGCUUAAUUGUGUACCCAAGGAUGAUUUUGGUGGAGGACAUCCUGAUCCUAAUCUGACAUAUGCAAAAGAACUAGUAGCUCGUAUGGGAUUGAGCAAGACAGACAACAAUCCGGACCCGCCAGAGUUUGGUGCAGCUGCUGAUGGAGAUGCCGACCGCAAUAUGGUUCUUGGAAAAAGGUUCUUUGUUACUCCAUCUGAUUCUGUUGCUAUUAUAGCUGCAAAUGCUGUACAGGCGAUACCCUACUUUUCUGGUGGUCUAAAAGGAGUUGCAAGGAGCAUGCCCACAUCAGCUGCACUUGAUGUCGUAGCUAAGCACUUGAAUCUGAAAUUCUUUGAGGUUCCAACUGGAUGGAAAUUUUUUGGCAACCUGAUGGACGAUGGACAGUGUUCAGUUUGUGGUGAAGAAAGUUUUGGAACUGGCUCGGACCACAUCCGCGAGAAAGAUGGAAUAUGGGCUGUGUUGGCUUGGCUAGCUAUUAUUGCCUAUAAGAACAAAGACAAUCUCGGGGGAGAUAAACUCGUCACUGUUGAAGACAUAGUGCGCCAGCAUUGGUCUACAUAUGGGCGUCACUAUUACACUCGAUACGAUUAUGAGAAUGUUGAUGCUGGUGGUGCCAAGGAACUGAUGGCUUAUUUGGUCAAGCUGCAAUCAAACCUAACCGAAGUCAACAACAUUAUAAAGGGGAUUCGGUCAGAUGUCUCAAAUGUUGUCAAUGCUGAUGAAUUUGAGUACAAGGAUCCUGUUGAUGGUUCCAUUUCAAAGCAUCAAGGAAUCAGAUACCUAUUUGAAGAUGGAUCUCGAUUGGUUUUCCGACUCUCUGGAACUGGUUCAGAAGGUGCUACUAUCCGUCUCUACAUAGAGCAGUACGAGAAGGACCCAAACAAGAUUGGGAGAGAUUCGCAAGAUGCGCUUGCUCCUCUUGUUGAGGUUGCUCUUAAGCUGUCUAAGAUGCAAGAAUACACUGGGCGAUCUGCUCCCACUGUUAUUACAUAGAUGCUGCAGACACGGUGCUGAGGAGUUUGUUUAUCCAUCAUUUACAUAAUUUUGUUGCGAAAAAUAAGCAAUGCCAUAACUUUAGUAUGUGCACAUGCAGGAAACCGUGUUCUGAACAUGGUCUAUGUACCUUGCUAUGAGGGUUAUGAAUUUGAGUAUAAUUUUAGCCCCACUAUUUGGUA